AUGUCAGAUGAAUUGAACAUCGAAGGAGUAGCAAGAGAUAUUGAAUUAUUAUACUCAUCUAGCAAUGCCUUGGUAAUUCAUGAGUUACAAGAAAGAUUGCAGACUUAUCAAAAAAGUGAAAUUGGAUACCAGCUAGGAUUCAAGUUGUUGGAAAAUAGCAAUAAGAAUGUAAAGUAUUUUGGAGCUUUGACAAUUACUGUAUUUUUAAACACCCAUGACUCAUCAGUUAUAUUUGAAAAUUGUUUCAAUCAAGUUCUUGGGGUUCUUAUCGAGUUGUCCACUACUGAUUUCACAGGAAACUUAUUUAUCAUCAAGAAAUUAAUAAGUAAUUUAUCAUUACUAUACAUUAUGAAUUCUGAAGUAGCCAACUUUGAUCCAGUUUUUCGUUUAUUAUCAGCAAUUCUGGGCUCCAAAGAUACUGCCAUGUCAACAAUGAUUUCCCAACUACAAGAUGAAAAGCAGCUAGAAUUGUUACUCUUAUUUUUGUUGAUUUUAGCCGAAGAUAUCAUAAAAUUGCCAACCCAAUCACCAAAAUUGCACACAUUAAUCCAUAACACUGUUUUCAAAUACUGUUCAGUGUUGUUUGAAUAUCUUUACAACAAUUUACCAUCUAUAUCAACAAGAAUUAUACUAUUGCUGUUGGAUUGUUUGAGCUCAUGGGUCGUAUACAUCUCCGUUGCAGAAACCAAUUCUGAAGAAAGGUACAAUGACGAUGUCCAAGUGUUUUUACAGUACUUAUUGAAACAACUAGAUAUUGAAACUAAUAUCAACAAUAUGGAAAUUCUUAAUAAAUCGUUUACUUUAUUCACGGAAAUUAUUGAUAAUGUUCCACGAAUACUAUCUCCUUUGAGAUCUACAAUUUUUGAUAUUCUUUUUGGAAAGAACAAGUUUGGCACACGUUAUACAAAACUAAUUUGCACUAGUCAAGAGUUUAGAGAGACGUAUUCUUUGGAGAUCGAAAAUUAUGUGAAUUUAGUUAUAUCGUAUCUAGGAUUAAAUUUGGUUUUGAUAACAAGAAAUAUUAACGACAUCAAUGUUGUUAAUAUUAUACAAAUGACUAUGGCCCUUUCAAGUAUACCAGGAAUUCCAACGGAAGACGAGAAUGUUAGUGAGCAGUUUAUUGUGUUUUGGGAAGAUUUCACAGAAACUUAUAUUGAUGACGCCGAGGAGAUGAAACCCCAAUUUACUGCGGACCAGGACCAAGCUAACUUUAUAGCCAAAAGAAAUGAGAUCUUAUUAGAAGUGAGCCGUAUUUUUUUCAAGAAAGUGCUCUAUUAUCCUGCAGCGACUAAAGAGUUUCGACUGUAUAGGAAUUCUGUGGCAGAAUUGUUUGGUUCACUUUACUCAUUAAUGGGCGUUUCCUUGUAUUCGAGUAUCUGUGAUUUGAUAUGUUUCAACUUGGAUCAGCAAGACAGAACAACAGAAACUUUUCAGAAUUUAGAAGCUGGUCUAUAUUUAAUUUAUAAAAUUACCUCAGACAUUUAUUUUCAUGAUGACCAUGAAGAAGAUGAUUUUGGUAAAGUGACAUUGACACCAUUAAUAAAUGAAAUGUUUAACAAACAUUUGGUGUCAGUGGUCGAAGGUGCUCCGGAAUUUGUAACUAAACAACUUCAAAUUACACUUUUGAAUGUGAUGUCUGUUUUACCCUUUUUUUACAGGAAUGAAGUAGGAAGUCAACACCUUCCUGCAACUUUUAAUUUCUUAUUCAAUAUAAUUUUGAAUGGGGCAAAUGAGACUAUAUCACUAAUAGCAUCGAGAACAGUUUACAAAAUAUGUCAGGAUUCUGAAGAAAAAUUAAUUCCAUUUUUACCAAAUUUGGAGUUGAUACUCCUCGAAAUGUUGAAGAAUCCAAAUAUCGAUGAUACUAUUCGGGAAAGAAUGACCCAUUCGUACAUUUCGAUUGCGAGGGCUACCAAGAAUCCAGUUGAUUGGGGUAACAGGGUGCAUGGGGUGUUGAUGGAAAUCGAGUCUUGUUAUAGCAGUUUGAAUGAGGAACUAGAAGCUUACGCAGUUAGUUUGAUUUCAUGCAUCAGUGAGAUGAGCAAUGCAAGUCUAUUGCCUGAGGAUGUUGAAGAUUAUCUUACUUUGGAACAACUCAACAUCCAUAAAGCAUAUUGGAUUGAAGAUCCUUUAGAGAUACGAAGCAAAGUGUUGAAGAAUUUGAAACUAUUUUCGUUGGAAACUAACAUGCUUUCUAGAAACUCAAUCGUGACAGAAAAGUGUUGUAAUGUGUUGAAGUAUGGGUUUAGAGAAGAAUUACCGGGUCCAUUUACUUUUAGUGUUGAUAUUGUUUUUGAAUACUUGGUAGCAAAAGUGCAAAAUUGUAACACACAGUCCAUUCCAAUUAUUCAUGGUUUACUUGAGACUAUUAUCAUCACUAGUUUCAAAACCAUUAAUCCAGACGCAACUGAGAUUUUGUUAAAUAGCAUAUUCAUUGAAAUCUAUAGCACAAUUGUUUCUGACGUGGAUUUAGUAAAAUCAUCUUUGGAUUUAUUUACCACAAUUCUUGAAAAGCGACCAGCUUUGUUAUUGCAAACGCCAUUUUUUAGCGAUACAAUUAUCCCAUUUGCCAUUCAACCAUUGUAUUUACACGAAAUAUUUGUUGUCAAGUCAGUGACAAAGUUCUGGAAUACUGCUAUAACAUUGAAGAAAGGCAAUAGUAACGAUCACCAACAAAUCAAGGACAUCAUCAACAGCAGUAUACAGAAUACUACAAUUGGUGUUUUGUUGAUUGAAGCUUUGUUAUCAGGGUUUGUUCUGGCACCCAGGUCAGCCAUUGAGUAUUAUUUCCCGUUGUUUCGGACGUUGAUAGCGAGGAUGCCAUUGGAGGUAAAGAAUUGGAUCAGGCAUGUCUUGCUUAAUAGUUCAAUGGGCAAGGCACCUUUGGACAGCAAGGAAUCAGAGACAUUCCUUAAUAAACUAUUGUUAACAAGAGGACAAAGACAAGCGAACGAUGUGCUUCGCGAUUAUUGGCUACAAGUAAACAAACUAACAAAUUUCAUAAAAUAUAUAUAA